AUGAACGCCCCCCCCCUCCUGUCCAGAACCUUCAAGCAUUUGGUGUCCAGGAUCCGGCGUCUGGGUUUCAAUCCCCCUCCUGAGGCGGACCCCGACUCCGAGCAGCGGUACUCGGCCGACGAGGAGGGGAGUGGGCGGGAGGACACCCCCACUGUCCUCACCAAGCUCCAGAAAUGGGGUGAAUACAGGGCCGUGGGCGAGCCGGUGGGGCCCACCCGCUUCCUGCCCAUGAAGACGCCGAUGUCGGAGGAGAUCAUGGACAGCUGGUCCCUGCCCCAGCCCUGCGCCCACCCGCUGACCGUGGCGCGGCUGGUGGAGGGCCAGGCGGCGCGAGGCCGACGCGUGGGCGCCAUCAUCGACCUGGCCAACCACGAGUGUCUGUACGGCGCCGACCUGCCGCCCGGCCUGCGCCACAUCGAGGUCCAGCUGGUGGCCAAGGUCAUCCCCCCCCGCGCGGCGGUGGACGCCGUCGCGGCCGCGGCGGCCGCCUUCUGGGCCGAGCGCCCCGACGACUACGUCGCCAUCCACUGCGCCUACGGGUUCAACCGCACCGGCUUCGUGCUCUGCUCCUACCUGUGCCAGGUGCACGACAUGGGCGUGGAGGACGCGCUGGCGGCCUUCGCGGCCGCGCGGCCCCCCGGCGUGAAGCACCCCGCCUUUGUCGCGGAGCUGCACCGCCGCUACGACCCGGCCGCGGCACGGCGCUCGGCCCCCGCCAGCGACGCCUCGGGCGAGGAGGAGCGCGGCGACGAGGAGGGGGAGGCCGCGCAGGCCGGCAGCGCGCUGCCCCCGCUGGACCCCGCCAGCGCGCGGAGGAGGGAGGAGCGGCGGCGCCGCGCGGCGCGCAUCUCCCCGGGCGUCGGGCGCGUGGCGCGGGCGGCGGCCGCGGCGGGCCAGCCGUCCAGCCCCACCCUCACCACCUCGGCCUCCAUGGAGAGCGAAGCGCACAGCCUGGGGUUUGGAUCGCGGGAGGCCCUGCGCCACCUCAGGCACGACAUCGGUGUCGAGGAGGUUCAGGAGUCGGCUCACGCCCGACUAACGGGGCUGUUCGACCCCGAACCCGCCUGCGGCCUGUCCUCCCACGCUUUGGAUUCGAGAGAUUUGGGCAAUUGCGCCAUCGAUGGCACGGUGGAGAGGGCACUGUCGUAG